AUGAUCCACAAAUACCUUGACGAAUAUUCAAAGAGAAUUUCGUUCGAACAAGGACGCAUAAUUGCUCCAUUUCCUUUGAAAGAAAACAUUUCUGAACUUGAGAAUAACUACGCUGUAGCUAUUCGCCGCCUGGAGUCAUUGCAAAAGAUGCUCCAGCAAAACCAUUUACAACGUGAAUGGUACAACAAAACCCUCAAAAAUUACGAGGAAGCCGAAGUUAUCGGGCAUUUCGAAAACGCUGAAGCUAGCGCUGUAGGAGUCUACUACAUGCCGCAUUCAGCCGUUUGGAAAGCAAACAAGAAAACGCCUAUGAGAAUAGUUUUUGAUGCUUCCUUAAACGAAAGGGAAAGCUAUCGUUAA